AUGUUUCUUUUUCUGUCAGCUUCAACAAGGAGAAGAGGCAGGACACCGCAGUUUAUAAGAUCACAUGCACCUCCCAGAACUGAGAAGAUGACUGUUGAUCAGGACUGGAGCAGUGUUUAUCCAACAGCAGCUGCGUUUAAACCUGCCUCUGUGCCUCUCCCAAUUCGAAUGGGUUACCCAGUGAAGAGAGGAGUACCUCCACCAAAAGAAGGCAACUUAGAACUUAUAAAGAUUCCCAAUUUUUUACAUCUUACUCCUCCUGCAAUUAAGAAACACUGUGCAGCUCUUAAAGAUUUCUGCACUGAAUGGCCAAGUGCUUUGGACAGUGAUGAGAAAUGUGAACGGCAUUUUCCUAUUGAAAUUGAAACAGUAGAUUAUGUUUCUGCAGGGACAUCUAUUCGUAAUCCCAAAGCAAGAGUGGUGACUUUAAGAGUUAAACUUUCUCAUCUGAAUUUGGAUGACCAUGCAAAGAAGAAGCUCAUUAAACUUGUAGGAGAACGGUACUGUAAGGAUACAGAUAUGCUCACAAUUACAACGGACAGGUGUCCGCUAAGAAGACAGAACUAUGAUUAUGGCAUACACCUCCUCACAGUUCUGUACCAUGAAUCUUGGAAAACUGAGAUGUGGGAGAGUGAGAAGACUGAGGAAGACAUGGAAGAGUAUAUCUGGGAAAAUAGCUGCUCUCAGAAAAAUGCCUUGGAUACACUACUUCGAAUAAAAGCCUCAGAGAAUGUCAGUAAUGUAACUAAGGAAGAGCUUCUUGCAUCUGAAGUGGUUAAGAAUUACAGAAACUCUGUAAUUGCACUUAAAAAUGAAGGUGAAACAGAAGGUAACAUGUCUCAGUAUAAGGAAUCAGUAAAGAAACUAUUGAAUAUACAAGCACUACCGUGAGAGCAGACUCUGCAGGUACAUCUGAUUAUUAUGGAAAUAUUAAAAUACUAUGUUAAUACUUCUAUAUGAGAUGGAUAUAUAAUUAUUCAGAACCUUAACCAAAAAUACGAAACUUGAUGAUGAGUUAAUAGUAAUCAGAUUUUUCUUUACUGCUGGGUUUUCUUGUAAACAUAAUUUUCCUGUCCAUGCAUCGUAUUCUUUGAAUAAAGUAUGUUUUGAGUCAU